UGGACCCAGGGGGAUCGAGGUGUUGGGGAGCCUGGCCAUGGGGGGAUCAGGGGGUGGGGGGAGCCCAGAAAUGGGGGGGGAUCGGGGCCGGGCCAAGGGGGGGAAUCCGGCCGUGGGGGGGAUCGGGGCGGGGGGGGCCCGGCCGUGGGGGGGAUCGGGGCGGGGGUAGCCGGGCCAAGGGGUCGAUCG